AAAAACUCUUAGCGAUAAUCCGCGCAUAUCUCGCGUUAUUCAAUACACACACUGCGAGUGGAUUAAAAUAGAAAUUUUCGUACAGCGAGUACGAUUGAGGCGAAAAAAAAUUUUCUUGCUACGAAAAUUUCUGAUUUUAAUGCUGAAAAUGCCCCGAAACUGGAUUAAAAAGGGGACUUUUUUCGCAUAAAAUCCACUCCAGAGCCCGCGAUUUACCGCUUUUCGAAAAAAAUCCGCUCAAAAUCCCACAAUUUCGAAUUUAUUCCAUUUAUGGAUAAUUUUUUAAUUUUUUUUUAUAGGGUUCAACACCAAAAAUCCGUUUAAAACCAAAAAGCAAACUCUUCGAAACAAACCCAACAAACAAUUAGUUUUAACAAAAAAAUUCAAAAACUUUUUUUUUAGUGAAUAAGCGAAAAAAAGGACAUUUUCUCAUCAUUUGCAAUUAGAUUUAUUUAGUGGCACACAAAAUUAAAUCUAAGGGAGUCAAACGACCCCCGGUGUUAACGAAGUGAAUGUCUUGACGAACUAAUUUUAAUAAAUAAAAUAAAUUACAUUUCGACUUCGAAUCCUGAAGAAAAGAAAAAAUAAACUGAAAUAAAGAGGAUUUCAAGAGAAAAGAAAAGAAAGUGAAACAAUAUGGGGGUGACAGAUGACUUUGCACCUAGCUUUACGCAAAAGCCCCAGUUGCGUCAGGAGGAUGACGGCAAUCGUCUGUUGUUUGAAUGCGCACUCUUGGCGGCACCGCAACCCGAUAUCGAAUGGUAUCGCAGCGACGAACUGCUGAAGGAAGACACGCGUACAAAAUUCAAGAUCCAAUCAUUGGGCGACAACAAGUACUUUGUCGUGCUUGAUUUGGACGAUGUCGUCGAGACAGACGCCGGAUUGUACAAAGUCAAGGCUAAGAAUAAGAUGGGCGAGGUAGCUGCAUCGAUUAACUUGAACUUUAGUCAAUUGCAGAAACCCGAAGAAGAGGAAAGACAAAUCGACGGAAUAGCGCCGACAUUCGCUAAAAAACCAAGUAUCCGACAAGAGGAUGACGGAAAACGCCUACUCUUUGAAUGCCGUAUCCAAGCAGAUCCGGUACCGACUGUCACCUGGUCACACAACAAUGCUCCCGUAGUAGAUGAUUCAAGGCACAAGCUAACCGUUGACAAAGACGGCCACUCGUAUUUCGCAACACUCGAAAUUAAAAAUGUAACAGUUGAGGAUGCUGGAAAAUAUAAAGUCACCGCGAAAAACGAAUUGGGCGAAAGUAACGCAACGAUUAGCUUGAACUUUGACAGCGAUGAAGCACCAGUUCCCGAAGAUGGUAUUAAGCCAACAUUCACGGAACGCCCGGUUAUCCGACAAGCGGACGACGGAGGAAAAAUUACGUUCGAAUGCCGAUGUGUCGGAGACCCAAAACCGCAAGUCACGUGGUACCACGGAAAAGAAGAAGUGAAAGAAGGUGGUCGUUACCACAUUUCACUGGAAAAAGAUCAAGUUUUGUACCACAUGGCACGACUUGAGAUCAAAAACGUUAUUUCUGGGGACAAGGGCGAGUAUCGAGCUGUUGCCCGUAACAAGCAUGGCGAGGGCGUAGCCACGAUCAAUUUGAACUUUGAGGGAACCGGAAAGCCAAAAAUUCCGGAUGGAAAGUCUCCACGUUUCCCGAAAAAGCCCACAAUUCGUCAAGAUGGCGAUGUUCUGAUUAUGGAAUGUAUCUUGGAAGCCCAUCCAACGCCCGAUAUCACGUGGUAUCGUGGUGACAAUAAGCUCGAUGAUUCGCCUCGCAUGAAAAUGUCCCGCAAAGCAACAUCUAAAGACACGUAUCUUCUCACACUGAAGAUUACGGAGCCCACGCAGGAAGACGGGGGCAACUAUCGUUGUAAUGCAUUUAACACAUACGGCGAAAGUAAUGCAAAUAUUGCGUUGAAUUUCCAAGGCGCAGACGAUGCCAACGGUUUCGCUCCGUCCUUUGUGGAAAAACCACGCAUUAUUCCCAACGAGACUGGCACGUUGAUCACGAUGAAGUGCAAAUGCAAGGCCAAGCCCGAGCCCGAAGUCACGUGGUUCCGUGGCCAGCACAAAGUAUCGGAAUCCUCGAAAAUCGUCAUCAAGAGCAGCAAAGUGGAGGAAGACAUCUACGAGCUCACGAUGGAGAUCAAGGAUCCCACCUCUGCGGAUGGCGGCACUUACCGCUGUCACGUGAAGAACGAGUAUGGCGAGAGCAACGCCAAUCUCAACUUGAACAUCGAAGCCGAGCCCGAGCCAGAGGGUGACGGCCCCACAUUUGUCGAAAAACCGCGCAUCAUUUCCGAAAACAACGGAAAACUCGUCAUUAUGGAGUGCAAGGUUAAGGCAAAUCCCAAACCAACUAUCGUUUGGACCCGCGAAGGUCAAACGUUGCAAGAGACAUCUCGCUUGAAGAUCACCAUGACGAACCAAGAUGACAUCUACGACAUCAAAUUGACACUUGCCGAGCCCGAAUUGACGGACAGCGGCUUGUAUCGGUGCAACAUCAAGAACGACUUGGGCGAGUUGAAUGCCAACUUGACACUCAACAUCGAAAUUGUGCCCGUUAUCAAGGACAAACCGAAGAUCAUCAAGGUUGUCAAGAAGCGCACCGUCAUUAUCGAGUGCAUCGUUUGCUCCAAAUUCGAGCCAAAAUGCACAUGGUUCAAGGAAGAAACCGCCAUCAAGACGAGCUCGCGUCACCAAGUCAACAUCGAGCAAGUCAAGGAGGGCGAGUAUGCCGUCAAACUCGAAAUUGCCGAAGUCAAGGACUCCGAUAAGGGCUCCUACAAGUUGAUCGCCAAGAACGACAAGGGUGAAGCCACAUCACAAACGGUCGAACUUACGGAUAUCCCCACGGAUGACAGCAAGAAAUCCAAACCGGUUAUCAGCAAGAAGUUGACAGACCAAACGAUCGAGGAAGGACGCUCCUUUGACCUCAUUAUCUCUUUGAAGGAAACCGACAAAUCCGUUAAGGUCACGUGGUACAAGAAUACCACUGUCAUUAAGGAAUCCAGUGAGACAUCGAUGUCCUUCGACGGAUCCAUUGCCCGGUUGAGCAUCAACAAGUCACGCGAAGAACACACUGCGACCUACAAAGUCGUUGUUUCGAAUGACUUGGGAUCCGACGAAUCUGCGUCCAAGAUCACGGUGAAGAAGGUCGAGGACAAGAAGAAGAAGGACGAAGAGGAGGAAAAGAAGAAGAAGGAAGUCGAAGAGAAGAAAAAGAAGGAAGAAGAGGAAAAGAAAAAGGCAGAACAAAUCAAGAAAGAGAAGGAAGAAGAAAAGAAGAAAGAAGAGGAAAAGAAAAAGACCGAAGAAAAGAAGAAGGAAGAAGAAAAGAAAAAGGUCGAAGAAGAAAAGAAGAAGGUCGAGGAAAAGAAAAAGGAAGAAGAAAAGAAAAAGGUCGAAGAAGAAAAGAAGAAGGUCGAGGAAAAGAAGAAGGAAGAAGAGAAGAAAAAGGUCGAGGAAAAGAAAACAGCAGAAAAAGCCAAACCCAAAGAGGAUAAAAAGAAGGAAGAAAAUGGCGAACCAACACCCAAAAUCGUUGAGCCCGAGGAGGAGCGCAUGACAUUGGAAGAAGUUGAUUUGCGCCACGUUGAAGAACAAGACGACAAAAAAGACUCUAAGCCUGCAAGCCGUAAGCAAAGUCUCAAAGACAAGGAAGAAGAUAAGCCGGCAAGCAGGAAGGCGAGUCUCAAAUCCGACAAAGAACCCGAAACGAAACCCGACUCUAAGCCCGCUAGUCGAAAGCCAAGUCUCACGGAAGAGAAGGCGGCGGCUGCGAAAAAGGCAGAGGAUGACUUAUUAGCACCACCCUCCGAUAAACUACGAGAAAGACGUAGAAGUAGUGGUAAAUUAUUCGAAAAUCUCUGGGAGAUUCAAUUGCGCCCAGUGAAAAAAGAAAAGAAAGAAGAACCACCGAAGGAAUCGAUCGAAAUUAAGACCGAAUUACGUCGAAAAUCGGUAGUUGUAGAAGAAAAAUCUCUCACUAUCGAUGGAAAAACCACCACAAGUCGUCGUGCAUCAAAGGCUGAGGAAACAAAGACCGAAGCAACUCGCAAGGACUCCAUCAAGACAACCGCACAAAAGGCUGAAGCCGAGAAGAAGCAAAAAGACGAGCCUAAAAUUAUUGAACCUGAAGAGGCUCAGAAAAUCGAGGCUAUCAAGGCCGAGCAAGGACAAUUCGAGAAACCCACCUUACGCAAAGUGGACAAACCCGAGGAAAAACCCAAAGAGGAGGAAAAGAAGGUGGAAAAACCCAAGAAAAAGGUUGUCAAGAAGAAGGCCGACAAGGAUUACGAGUUGCCCGAGAUCCCAGACUACGAACGUCCUGCCUUGGAGAAAUACGAAAAAUCCGAAUUUACGCCCACGGAACGUGAUCCCAAGCAAAAGGAGAUCAGUGAGGCCGCGAAACCGCAACAGGGCGUAAAAUCCGAACCGGCGCCCGAGGAGAAACUCAAGAAUGGCGUACCGAAGAAAGAAAAAGAGACACCAGAAGCACCUGAAGCACGCAAACUACAAAUGGGCAAGGGUAAAGUGCCCGAUAACAAGGAAGACGCGGAAUCUGUCAAACUUAAGGCAACACCGCAAAAACAGACCAUCGAGGAAGUCAAACUCAAGCCAGCUGCUGCCAAGAAAGCCGAAGAACAGGCAGCGCCUGAGGCAAAGGCCAAGAAGGCUGUCAAGAAGAAGAAGGAUGACUAUGAGCUCCCAGAAAUACCAGAUUAUGAGCGUCCCGUCCUAGAAAAGUAUGAAGAAAGCGAAUUUACGCCUUCCAAACAUGAAAAGAUAGAAAUUCCUAAGCUAGAAAAACCCAAAUUAGCAGUGCCUGAAAUUCGCACUGAGCCGGACCCAGAAAGCGAUAAGUAUGAGCGAGGCGCUAAAAAAGCAGUCCCUGCUCCCAAGGAAAAGGCUAAGAUCGCAGUACCUGAAAUCAAGGCACCCGUACUUGAACCACCUAAAAUCGAAGUUGUUCGUGAUCGUCGUGGAUCAGGAUCUCGUCGUGGCUCGCUUAUUCCACCGGAAGAUGGUUCACGUCGUCCUAGCUUAAUCAUUAAUGAAGAGAGAAAGGGUCCUCGUCCUGGUGAAUUGGAGGUUCCGACAUCACAGAGGAGAAGAGCAUCAAUAGAUAUGCGUCGACCAAGUGUUCAAGAUCUUAGCGAAUUAAUUAACAAACCAUCGACACCCCUUAAAGAUUUGGGACCAGCAGGUCCUCCAGCUAUUGUCUUCAUUGAAGAGAGUUACAGUGCUGUUGAAGAUGAAACUGCCUACAUUCAGGUACAAGUUGAAGGCACGCCCGCACCUUCGUUCCGCUUCUACAAGGGUGUCUCGGAAAUUAUCGAAGGCGGUCGCUUCAAGUUUAUCACGGAAGGCGACACAAACACCAUUACGCUAUGCAUGCGCAAAGCGAAGCCCAACGAUGAGGGCAAAUACAAAAUUGUCGUGUCCAAUAUCCAUGGCGAGGAUUCGGCAGAGACGCAACUCUUCGUUUCCGACGCCAGUGGCAUGGACUUCCGUGCGAUGUUGAAGAAACGCAAGUACGCCAAGUGGGGCAAAGAGGAAAAGGAUCCGGACUGGGGCGACCUCAAGGAGGUGGAAAAACCAAUGGCGACCCUCAAGAAAGUCGAACGGGAUGAUAAAUCACGACGUCCAUCUUUAGCAGAUAUAAUUCCAGACUGGCCUGUUCUUAGAUCAAAGCCAAAGAAACAAGAUACGUUCUCACGGCCUUUGAUCGACAUCAUGGCGAAGGAAGGCAAAGACAAGAAGGUCGUAUUCGAAGCUGGAUUCACAAAGGCCAAUGCCAAGCCCAAAUGGUUCUUGCGAAAGGAUGAAAUCUUUGAAGGCAAGAAAUACAAACCGAAAGUGGAUGGUGAGACAUAUCAACUUAUCAUCUACAAUCCAAAAGUGGAGGAUUCCGGCAAAUACACUAUCGAAAUUGCUGGUAUUUCGUGUUUCGCUUUCCUCAAUGUAGAGGAAGCUGAUCCCACAUACACCUUCACUAAGAUGCUCAAGAAGAGCAUUCACGGAUACACGUUGCACGAGACUGUGUUGGAAGCUGCCGUUAGCAGCAAUUUGGCACAAGUCAAGUGGUUCAAGGGUGAAACUGAGCUCCAAGAUGGCGAAAAAUACCAGAUGAUGAAGGAUUUGAACGGAAAUCUCAAACUCACCAUCCGCAAUUGCACGGAAGAAGACACGGAUGACUAUUCGUGCCGCAUCAAUCGUCAACCCGAUCGCACAGACACGAAAGUCAAGAUCACCGAGUACCAAUACAAGUUCGUCAAGGUACUCAAAUCGCAACAAUUGGUGGAAAAGGACACCGUUACGUUGGCAUGCGAGCUUGACGAUGAAUUGGGUGAAGUUAAAUGGUUCAAGGGCGAAGAGGAAAUCAAGCCCGACAAACGCUACCAAGUCGUCAAGGACGGACGUAAGCGUAAACUCGUCAUUAAAGACUGCAAAGUUAGUGAUGCUGGUCAGUAUUCGUGCGUAAGUAAUGCUGACAAGACCGAAGCCGAGAUCUGCAUCAACUACCAAAAUCGCUUCAACAAGAAACUCAAGGAUACCGUUGGUAUUGAGCGCGAGAAGUGCGUGUUGGAGGUUGAGUUGCAAGAUCAAACUGCCGCUGCUGAAUGGUCUUUCAAUGGAAAGCCACUCGAAGCGAACGAUCGCAUUGAGUUCAAGAACUUGGGCGGUGGCAAGCAUCAACUCGUUUUCAAUGCUCUCGAAAUGGGAGACGACGGUGAAAUUACAUGCACGAGUGGCAAGUUGACGUCAUCUUGCAAGUUGACCGUGCAAAAAGGUGAGAGCAAACCACAAAUUGACUUCCCCGAUGAGGCAGAGGGUCCAAUUAGUGCACCAAUUGUCAUCGAAGUGCCAUACAAAGUUGACGGCACACGUACGACCCCUGUUACGUGCAAGAUCAUGAAGGACGGCAAAGCAUUGUCGCCUAAGGAUUGCGAAGUUGUCGUGAAAGACGACAAAGUCAUCCUUAAAUUCAAGAAGCCAUCACGCGAAGGCUCCGGUCCAUACGAAAUCAAAUUGGCGAAUGGACAAGGUGAAGAAAGCAAGACCGUCAAGAUCACGAUGCAAGAUGUGCCCAAACCACCAGAGGAUGUUGAAGCAAAAGAAAUCUUCCAAAGCUCUUGCGUUAUUCGCUGGAAACCACCCAAGGAUGAUGGUGGUGCUCCAAUUAAGAAGUACAUCUUGGAACGUCAAGAUCUGACAAUGAAGGCUGGAUGGGAUGUCGUUGCCGAAGUUCCUAGCGAUCAAGAUCGUAAAGUUAAGUUGACAGAUUUAGUGCAUCGUCGCACUUACAAAUUCCGCGUUCGUGCUGUAAACAAGAUCGGCAGCUCCGAACCUGCGCCAUUGGCACAAACAAUCUUGGCAAAGGAUCCAUGGGACGAACCUGGAAAACCAAAGAAUGUCGAAGUUGUCGAUUGGGAUGUCGAUCAUGCUGACAUUACCUUCGAUAAGCCCGACAAAGAUGGUGGUGCUCCAAUUACGAGCUACAUCAUUGAAUACAAGGACAAAUUCGGAAAGGACUGGCAAAAGGGUGUCGAAGUACCUGCUGACGCAUUCAAGGGAACCGUUCCUGGACUUAAGGAAAAUCAACAAUACGAGUUCCGUGUACGUGCCGUUAACAAGGCAGGUCCUGGUGAUCCAUCAGAUGCCACGAAAUCAAUCAUUGCCAAGUGUCGCUUUGUCAAGCCAUUCAUCAUUGGAGAUGGUCUUACGCCAAUUAUCGUCAAGAAGGGACAAGUUAUCAAGUACGACAUUAAAUUCGGAGGUGAACCUGAGCCAGAAGUUAAAUGGAUGCGUGAUUCCAAAGAAUUGUCAGAAGAUGGCGAACAACGUACUACAAUCGACAAGUACGAGCGCAACAGCGUUCUCACUGUUCGUCGUACAGUACGUGCAGAUUCUGGCUUGUACAAAAUCAUUUUGAGCAACAGCUCUGGCACGGUAGAGUCUAAGGCUGACGUCAUUGUUCUCGAUCGUCCCACGCAACCACGUAAAAUUGAAGUUGCUGAAAUCAGAGCUGAUCACGCUAAAGUCAAAUGGGACAAACCAGCUGACAAUGGUGGAACUCCAAUCACGGGAUACAUCUUGGAAAAGAUGGACACAGAUACCGGAAGAUGGGUUCCUGCUGGCGAAUGUGAUGCCGACAAGCAAGAGUUUGACAUUAAGGGAUUGGUUAAAGGCAAGAAAUACAAGUUCCGUGUCAAGGCAUACAACAAGGAAGGCGAAUCCGAUCCAUUGGAGACAUUUGAUUCGAUUGUCGCUAAGAAUCCAUACGACGAACCCGGACAGCCGGGCAAACCUGAAGUGUGCGAUUACGACAACACAAGUGCGACACUUCAAUGGGCUGCACCUGAAAGUGAUGGCGGUCGUCCAAUCACUCACUACACCGUUGAGAUGAAGAACAAAUUCCAAACUGACUGGAUUGAAGUGGCAAAGACUGAUGAUGCAACUUGCCUCUGCAAAGUGCCAGAUUUGAAGGAACGCAUGGUCUAUCAAUUCCGUGUGCGCGCACACAACAAAGCUGGUGCUUCCAAACCAUCCGAGCCAACGGACAACCACUUGUGCAAACACAAGAAUCUUCGUCCACUUAUCGAUCGUGCGACAUUCAAGAGCGUUACAAUCAAAGCUGGUCGUUCCCACAAAUGGGCUGUCGAUGUUGCUGGUGAACCUGCACCCGAACUCAAAUGGAGUUGGCGUGACGGUGUCCCACUAUCGAACACGGAGCGCAUUAAGAUCGAAAACGUCGAUUAUCACACUGAAUUCCAAAUUGUCAAUGCUGUGCGUAAAGAUACUGGCAAAUACACACUUACUGCCACUAACAAGAAUGGUACCGACACUGAAACUGUUGAGCUUUGCGUUCUCGCAUCUCCCGGUCAACCUGGAGGUCCAUUGGAAGUUUCUGAUGUGACAGCGAAGAGUUGCAAGCUCAAGUGGAAGAAACCCGAAGACGAUGGUGGCUGUCCUAUCAAGGAAUACGAGAUCGAAAAGAUGGAUAUGGCAACCGGAAAAUGGGUUCGUGUUGGACGUUCUCCCGGUGAUGCUGUUCCACCAAAUUUCGAGGUAACGGGAUUGACACCUGGUGCGGAAUACAAAUUCCGUGUGUCUGCUAUCAACGAUGAAGGCGAGAGUGUUCCCUUGGAGACAAUUAGUGGAACUGUUGCCAAGAACCCGUACGAUAAACCAACAAAAGCAGGAAAACCAGAAAUUGUCGAUUACGACAACCAAAGUGUGGAUUUGAAAUGGGACCCACCAAAGUCCGACAAUGGAGCUCCCAUUGAGAAAUACAUCAUCCAAAAGAAGAGCAAAAACAAGCCGGAUUGGGAGAACUGCGCCGAAGUACCCGGAUCUGCCAACAAUGCGCAUGUCGAUGGCUUACAAGAACGCGAUGAAGUACAAUUCCGUGUUAUUGCCGUCAACAAGGCAGGACCUGCUGAUCCUUCGGAUCCUACUGGUCCACACAUUGUUCGAUUCAGAUCUCUGAAACCGCGUAUCGAUCGUACCAAUCUCAAAACGAUCAUGAUUCGUGCGACUAAGAGUCACAAAUUCGAUGUCGACAUCAAGGGUGAACCUGCUCCCAAAGUUACUUGGUUCCACAAAUGGAAGAAAGACGAAGAAGAAGUCACUCCAGACAAGCAUUGGGAAAUUGAAAAUGUUGACUACAACAGCAAAUUCUCCAUUAAUGAUGCCUUGCGUAAGCAUAGUGGUAUUUACCGCAUCUUGGCUGUGAAUGAACACGGCAAAGAUGAGGCUGAGGUCGAGGUGAAUGUCCUCUCGUCACCAAGCAAACCAGGAGGUCCAUUGAAGGUAACAGAUGUCACUAAAAACAGUGCCAAGGUUCAUUGGAAGAAACCCGAGGACGAUGGCGGUAAACCAAUUACCGGAUAUGCCAUUGAAAAACUCGACAAAGCCACUGGCAGAUGGGUGCCCGUUGGAAAAGCUGGACCAAAUGAUGAUGAAUUUGAAGUCCGUGGCUUACAAGAAGGACACGACUUCCAAUUCCGCGUCAAGGCAAUCAAUGACGAAGGUGAGAGUGAGCCUCUCGAAUCUUCUGGCUUCAUCAAAGCCAAGAAUCCAUUCGAUGCUCCUGGCAAACCUGGAGUUCCUGUUCUCGAAGAUUGGGAUGUUGAUCGUGUUGAUCUUAAAUGGGAGAAACCCAAAAACGAUGGAGGUGCACCAAUCACAGGUUACAUCAUUGAAAAGAAGGAAAAAUAUUCAACUUCUUGGGAUGAAAUUAUGUCAACCGACUCUGCGGAACCUAGUGCACGUGUACAUGGAUUGAAAGAAGGUAACACAUAUCAAUUCCGUGUACGUGCCAAGAAUAAGGCAGGUCCUGGAGAGCCAAGUGAUGCAACUGAACCUCAUGUUGCAAAGGCUCGAUUCUUGAAACCAUACAUCAAUCGCGAGAAAUUGCACACUAUCAAGGUUCGUUCCGGACAAACUGUCAAAUUGGAUGUUGACGUUCGCGGUGAGCCUCCACCAACCAUCAAAUGGUUCAAGGACCUCAGUACUGACGAGCUCGAAUCCAAGGGCAACGUCAAAAUUGAAAACGAGGAUUACAACACUAAAUUCACCAUUACGAAUACAACACGUAAACACACAGGAACUUAUAAGAUUCAUGCUGAGAAUUCAUCUGGAUCUGACGAAGCUCCGGUUGAAAUUAUCAUCUUGGAUCGUCCUGGCAAACCAGAAGGCCCAUUGGAAGUUACUGAUGUGCACAAGGAGGGAUGCAAACUCAAGUGGAGCAAACCCAAAGACGAUGGUGGCUUGCCAUUGACUUCAUAUGUCGUUGAAAAGCAAGAUACAGCUACCGGACGCUGGACUCCCGCUGGUUGCGUUGAUCCAUCAAAGACAGAUAUUGAAGUUACGGGAUUAGAGCCCAACAAGUCCUAUAACUUCCGUGUUAAGGCUGUCAAUGAAGAAGGUGACUCAGAUCCAUUGGAAACUGAACACAGCAUCUUGGCUAAGAAUCCAUACGAUGUUCCAACGCAACCUGGCUUGCCCGAAAUUGUUGAUUGGGACGAACACAGUGCGAAACUCAAGUGGGAUCGUCCAAUUCGUGACAACGGUGCACCAAUUACUGGUUACAUUGUUGAAAUGAUGGACAAAGAUUCCGGUGAGUUCGUUAAAGCUGUUGAGGUUCCUGGAAAUCAAAACACUGCUACUGUUCCACGAUUGGAAGAAGGUCAACAAUACAAAUUCCGUGUUAAGGCUGUUAACAAAGCUGGUACUAGUGAUCCUUCCGAACAAACGAACUGGCAUACUGCCAAGGCUCGCAACUUGCGUCCUCAUAUCGAUCGUACAAACUUGAAUCCAAUCACUGUCAAAUCUGGAUUGUCUGUCGCAUAUGAUAUCAACAUUACGGGUGAACCUGCUCCAAAAGUACAAUGGUUCUUCAAGGACCAAGAGUUGGAAAAUGGUGAAGAAUAUCGUAUCGAUAACAUUGACUACAACACCAAAUUCUUCAUUAUGCGCUCCAAACGUCCACAAAGUGGCAAAUACACAAUUGUUGCUACCAACGAAAAUGGUGAAGAUCGUGCUGACGUUGAUAUCACAAUUCUUGGAAAACCAGGAAAAGUCAAGGGACCAAUUGAAGUUUCCGACAUUCACAAACACGGCUGCAAACUCAAGUUUGAGAAACCUGAUGACGAUGGUGGUUGCCCAAUUGAGUAUUACGAAAUCGAGAAACUCGAUCCUCUUACCGGACAAUGGGUACCUUGUGGAAAAUCUACAACACCAGAAGCUACUGUUACUGGAUUGCAAGAAGGCAAGCCAUACAAAUUCCGCGUUCGUGCUGUCAACAAGGAAGGCGAAGGUGAAGAUUUGGAAACCGAAGGCACUAUCAUUGCCAAGAAUCCAUUCGACGAACCAGGCAAACCAGGUCGUCCAAAUCCUACCGAUUGGGAUAAAGACUUUGUCGAUUUGGAAUGGAAGAAACCCGACUCUGAUGGCGGAGCACCAAUUGAAAAGUACAUCGUGCAAAUGCGUGACAAAGAUCAUCGCAAAUGGAUUGAUGCUGCUACUGUGCCCGGUGAUCGUACAAAGGCUAAAGUUAUGGAUAACAUCCAGGAAGGUCAUGAAUAUGAAUUCCGUGUUGUUGCUGUUAACAAAGCCGGACCAUCAGAGCCUAGCGAUACAUCUGCAAGUGUCAUUGCUAAGCCACGUUUCUUGGCACCACGUAUCGAUCGUACAAACUUGCAAAAGAAAACUUUGCGCAGUGGACAAAUGUUGCAUGUCCAAGCUGAUGUUGAAGGUGAGCCCGCGCCAAAGAUCACAUGGUCAUUGAAAGGCAAAGAUCUUACCUCAACUGAGCGUAUUAAGAUUGAAAAUGAAGAGCAUCGUACCACAUUUAUCAUUCAAAAGGUCAAACGCAGCGACACCGCUAAUUACCUCGUUAAAGCUGUCAACGCUUCUGGUCAAGAUAGUUUCGAACUUGAACUUCUUGUUCUCAGCAAACCAUCACAACCAAAGGGACCAUUGAAGGUUUCCGAUGUCAAGGCUGAUGGUUGCAAGUUGAAAUGGGAAGAACCUGAAGACGAUGGUGGUUUACCAGUUGAAGGCUACGUUGUUGAACGUAUGGAUCUUGAUACUGGACGUUGGGUCCCUGUUUGCGAAACAAAAACACCCGAAGCUGAUGUUACAGGACUUACAGAAGGCAAAGAUUAUCACUUCCGUGUUCGUGCUGUUAAUCCCGAAGGUGAAAGUGACCCACUUGAUACUGAAGCAAGCGUUCGUGCCAAGAAUCCAUUCGAUAAACCAACUACUCCUGGUAAACCAGAGUUUAAGGACUGGGGACGUGAUUACAUGGUUAUUGAUUGGGCCGCCCCUGAGUCUGAUGGUGGUGCUCCAAUUGAAAAGUAUAUCGUCGAAAAGAAAGACAACUUCAGUCCUCGCUGGCAAAAGGUUCUCGAAACCGAUGGACCAGUCACAAAAGCAAAGAUUGCCGAUCUUAUUGAAGGCGGACAAUAUCAAUUCCGCGUCAUUGCCGUUAACAAGGGAGGAAAAUCAGAUCCAUCUCGUCCUUCAGAUACAAAGGAGGCUAAAGAUCGUUUCGCUCCUCCACGUAUCGAUCGCUCAACUCUUAAGAACUUGACCCUCAAGGGAGGUGCAAUGCUUAAGAUUGACUGCAAGAUUUCUGGUGAGCCCGCACCACAGAAAUACUGGUUGAUCAACAAAGCUCGUCUCGAAACUGGUGAAAAUGACACCAAGAUUGACUACGAGCCAUACCGCACAAAGGUUUAUGUACAAGCUGUUACUCGCAAACACGCCGGUACAUAUGUCAUCAAGGCAGAGAACGAUUCAGGUCGCGAUGAAGCAACCGUUGAGGUGCAAGUACUUGAUAAACCAGGCAAACCAGAAGGUCCAUUGAAGAUCACUGAUGUCCACAAGGAAGGAUGUGACUUGAAAUGGAACGCUCCUCAAGACGAUGGCGGUGUUCCAAUUGAUUGUUACAUGGUUGAAAAAAUGGAUAAAGAAACAGGUCGUUGGAUUCCAAUUGGUCGUGCAAAGGAUACACACAUGAAGGUUGAAAAUUUGACUCCUGGUCAAGAAUACACCUUCCGUGUCACUGCUGUCAAUGAAGAAGGUGAAUCCGAACCAUUGGAAGCUGAACACUCAAUUAUUGCUAAGAAUCCAUUCGACGAACCUGGAAAACCAGGAACCCCAGAAGCCUUCGAUUGGGACAAAGACUUUGUCGAUCUCCGUUGGACUCCACCAGUCAACGAUGGAGGCUCUCCGGUUACUGCUUACAUUGUUGAAAAACGUGAAAAGGAUAGUGGUAAAUGGAUUAAGGCAGCUGAAGUUCCCGCCGACAAAUGCGAGGCUCGCGCUGCAGAUUUGGAUGAAGGCGUUGAAUACGAAUUCCGUGUUAAGGCUGUCAACGCUGCUGGUCCUGGUGAACCAUCCAACAACAGUAAACUCGUGAUGACUAAACCAAGAAAAUUGGCUCCAAGAAUUGAUCGUAAGAAUCUCAAGAACAAACAACUCAAAGAAGGAGAACCCUUCAUCUUUGAUUGCAAGAUUUCUGGUGAACCUUGCCCAAGUGUUCACUGGACAUUCAACGAUCGUUCGGUCAAUAUCACAACUCACCGUCGCAUUGAGAAUGUUCCAUACAACUCUAAAUUCAUCAAUGAGACACCUGAACGCAAGGAUACUGGCACAUACAAGAUUACAGCUACUAACAAAUAUGGCACUGACAGUGUCGAAGUUGAAGUUGAUAUCAUCUCCAAACCUGCUCCUCCAGAAGGUCCAUUGGAAGUUUCUGAUGUACACAAAGAGGGAUGCAAGCUCAAAUGGAAACGUCCUAAGGAUGAUGGUGGUAUGCCAAUUGAUCACUAUGUCGUUGAAAAGUUCGAUCCCGAAAAUGGUGUUUGGAUUCCAUGUGGCAAGACCGACGACUCUGCACCAGAAUUCGACGUCAAGGAUUUGAUUCCUGGACAUGAAUACAAAUUCCGUGUCAAGGCUGUCAAUAGCGAGGGAGAAUCUGAACCUCUCGAAACUAUUGGACACAUUGUUGCCAAAGAUCCAUUCACAGUUCCAUCACAACCUGGACAACCAUCACCCGUUGAUUGGUCUGAGAACCACGUUGAACUUCAAUGGACCGAGCCAGCUACUGAUGGCGGAUCUGAAAUCCUUCAUUACAUCAUUGAAAAGAAGGAUCAAUACAGUCCAAUGUGGGAAAAAGCUACCGAAACAAACAGCAAGAAGACAAAAUGCUCUGUUGGCGGUUUGGUUGAAGGAAAUGUCUAUCAAUUCCGUGUUAUUGCUGUUAAUAAAGCAGGUCAAUCAGAACCUUCUGAUGCAAGCAAAAAUCAUACUGCCAAACCACGUUACUUGCCACCUCGCAUCGACAGAAAGAACUUGCGCGAAACUACAAUUUCUGCAGGUACUUUGCUGAAGUUCGAUGUUAACGUCAGUGGUGAGCCAGCUCCAAAGAUCGAUUGGCGUUUCAAUCAAGGACCAUUAUCAUCUGGUCGUCGUGUUGAAAUCACAAACGUUGAUUAUAAUACAAAGCUUACUGUGCGUCCAGUUAAUCGUGACGACUCUGGUGAAUAUGAAAUUAUUGCGGUCAAUAGUUCUGGUAGAGAUCAGGCUACAGUCACGGUGAUUGUGACUGACAAACCGUCUGCACCGAAAGGUCCUCUUGAAAUUUCUGACAUACACAAGGAAGGAUGCAAACUCAAGUGGAAACGCCCUGCCGACGAUGGCGGCACUCCUAUCGAAUACUUCCAAGCAGAAAAAAUGGAUACCGAAACUGGUGUUUGGGUACCAUGUGGACGCUCAACUGAACCACACAUGGAAGUUACUGGCUUAGCUCCAGGUGGUGAAUACAAAUUCCGUGUAUAUGCUGUCAAUGCUGAGGGAGAAUCACCUUCAUUGGUUGCUGAUGAAACAAUUGUCGCUAAGAAUCCAUUCGACGAACCUGGAAAACCAGCAAAUGUUCGUUGUACAGAUUCUACAAAGGAUUCUAUUUCACUUGCAUGGACAGAACCUUUGCACGAUGGUGGAUCUCCUAUUACUGGAUACAUCAUCGAGAAAAAGCCUCAAUUUGGACAAUCAUGGCAAAAGGCUGCCGAAGUAUUUGGUCCAAUCACACAUGGAACUGUGCCAGAUCUUGUUGAAGGAGAAACGUACGAAUUCAGAGUUCGUGCUGUCAACGAUGCUGGUCCAGGAGAACCAAGCGAUCCAAGCUCGGCUAUUGUCUGUCGCCCACGCAACGUUCCACCCAAAAUCGAUCGUACCAAUCUUAUGGAUCUUCGCAUUCGUGCUGGCAAUCCAUUCAACUUUGAUGUUAAGGUUAGUGGUGAACCAACUCCAACAACGAAAUGGUUCCUCAAUAAGUCUGAAGUUCGCUCAAGCGGUGACAUGAAGGUUUAUCACCAUGAUUACAACACCAAAUUGAAUGUCCGUUGUGCUUCUCGUGCGCAAACUGGUACAUGGACUGUUACUGCUGAAAAUGAAAAUGGCAAAGACAGUGUUGAUAUUGAAAUCGUUGUCUUGGAUGUUCCUGCUCCACCACGUGGUCCUUUGGAAGCUUCUGAUGUACAUGCUAAGGGAUGUACUUUGUCAUGGAAAGCUCCCGAGGAAAAUGGAGGAAGUCCAGUCGAACGUUAUGUUGUUGAAAAGAUGGAUGAAGCAACGGGACGCUGGGUUCCAGCUGGCGAAACUGAUGGUCCUGAAACUGAAUUGGCUGUAGAAGGACUUACGCCAGGACACAAAUACAAAUUCCGUGUUCGUGCUGUUAAUCGUCAAGGCAAAUCUGAACCACUUAACAUGGCUCAAGGUAUCGAAGCUAAGAAUCCAUUCAACGAACCCGAUCGUCCAGGUCGUCCGGAAGUAUCUGACUUCGACAAGGACUACGUUGAAUUGGUUUGGACUCCACCACCAAAGGAUGGCGGAUCCGAAAUUAUUGGAUACGUUAUUGAGAAGAAGGACAAAUUUAGCCCUGAUUGGGAAAAAUGCGGUGAAACGCAAGGAGAAGAUUGCAAGGGACGCGUUGACGAUCUUAUUGAAGGUACAAAAUACGAAUUCCGUGUUCGUGCUAUCAAUAAGGGAGGUGUCAGUGAGCCUUCAUUGCCAACUGAGCCUCAUAUUGCUCGUGCCAAGAAUCAACCACCAAAGAUCGAUCGCAACUACUUGCUCGACAUCAAGGUUCGUGCUGGACAAACAUUCGAAUUUAAUGUUCCCGUUUCUGGUGAACCACCAGCGAACAAAGAAUGGACCUUCAAGAAUAACAUGCUUUUGAAGACAGAUCGCAUUUCUGUUCGUUAUGAAGAUUACAAAGCCUUCUUCCGUGUCAUGGACAGCAAACGGUCAGAUACUGGUGUAUAUACUUUGACUGCCAAGAAUCGCAAUGGUUUUGAUGAAGCCACUGUCAAAGUCUCAGUCGCUGAUGUUCCAGCACCUCCAGAAGGUCCUAUUCGUCACGAUAAUGUUACUCGCAGCGGUAUCACUGUUCACUGGCGUCCUCCACGUGAUGACGGUGGCUCUGAAAUUCUCAGCUAUAUUGUUGAAAAACUCGAUACAGAUGCUCUUCGUUGGGUACCUGUAGGAGAGAGCGUAACAACAAGUUUGCGCGCUGACAACUUGAUCGAAGGACAUUCAUACCAAUUCCGUGUCAAGGCUGUCAACAAAUUCGGUGAAUCUCAACCACUUGCUACACAAACUCCCGUUACUGCCAAGGAUCAAUUUGGCAAACCCGACAAACCAGGAAGACCAGAAGUUGUCGAUUGGGACAAAGAUCACGUUGAUCUCAAAUGGACUGCACCACGCAAGGAUGGCGGAUCUGAAAUUGAGAAAUACAUUAUUGAGAAACGUCCUAAAUUCGGAAACUGGGAGAAGGGAGCAGAAAUUUCUGCCUUCCAACCUGAAGGUCGUUGCAAGGGACUUACCGAAGGUGUUGAAUAUGAAUUCCGUAUCAUUGCCGUCAAUAAGGGAGGACCAAGUGAUCCUAGCGAGCCAUCACAACCAGUUGUUGCUAAAUCUCGUUAUAUUCCUCCUCACUUCGACAAAGCAGCAUUGCAAGAUCAAGUUGUACAUGCUGGAAAACGCAUUUACUUCUGCGUUCCAAUCGAAGCUUCACCAAAACCAACCUUCGAAUGGAAACGCGACGGCAAACUCUUGCUUGCCUCAGAUCGCAUUCAUACACAAUUAUUCUGCGGUGAGAUCACCUUUGAAAUUCCAUAUUCUCAACGUACCGAUGCCGGUUUGUACACAUUAACUGUUAAGAAUGAACUUGGUGAAUAUUCAGCUAGCGCUAAUGUUCAAGUCUUGGAUAAACCAAGCAAGCCAAGACCAGAAUUGCAAGUCAGUGGCGUUACAAAGGACGGUUGUCACUUGCAAUGGAAUGCUCCAGCUGAUGAUGGUGGCACUCCAAUUUUGCAUUAUGUCAUCGAGAAGAUGGAUACUCAACGUGGAACAUGGUCAGAUGCUGGCAUGAGCACUACCUUAGUGCACGAAGUCACACGUUUGAUUCACAACAAACAAUAUCACUUCCGUGUUAUUGCUGUUAACGUUGUCGGUGAAUCUGAACCAUUGGAAACAUCGAGACCAACAACCGCCAAGAACGAAGUUGAUGAACCAAGUGCUCCUGGCAAACCAUACGUUACUGAUUGGGGCAAAAACCAUGCAGAUCUCGAAUGGUCUCCACCAAAGAAUACUGGAGGAGCACCAAUCGAAGAAUACAUUGUACAACGCAAAGAGAAAGGUAGCCCAUACUGGGUUAACGCUCUUCAUGUACCUGCAAAGAAGACCAAGGCUACUGUUCCUGAGUUGACCGAGGGCAAUGAAUACGAAUUCAGAAUUAUUGCUGUCAACAGUGCUGGCGAAUCUGAACCAUCAGAGCCAUCAGACAUGAUUAUGGCUCGUGACAGAUUUGUCGCACCCAAGAUUAAGACUCCAUUGCACGAUAUUCGCAUCAAAGCUGGACUCAUCUUCCACGUUGAUGUUGACUUUAUUGGUGAACCUGCACCAACUGUUCAAUGGACAGUCAAUGGCAAAGAAUUGAAGACUGCUGAACGUUCAACUGUUACCGCAAUUGGACAUCAUACCGUCAUCCAUACAGUCAAUUGCAACCGCAAUGAUUCCGGCAGUUACCGCUUGUUCUUGCAAAACGACUCUGGCAUUGAUGAGGGAACCUUUGAAGUCACUGUCUUGGAUAGACCAGACAAACCAGAAGGCCCAUUGAACUACGAGGAAAUUACGAACAACAGCGUUACUUUGUCAUGGAAACCACCAAAGGAUAAUGGCGGCAGUGAAAUUACUGGAUACGUCAUUGAGAAACGUGAUUUGACUCACGGAGGUGGUUGGGUACCUGCUGUUGCUUAUGUCAAUCCUAAGUAUACUCAUGCCGUUGUUCCAAAACUCAUUGAGGGAACCCAAUACGAGUUCAGGGUUAUGGCUGAAAACUUGCAAGGACGAUCAGAUCCAUUGGAUUGCAGCAGACCAGUUGUUGCUAAGAAUCAAUACACAGCUCCUGGUCAACCUGGUAAACCAGAAUUGGUUGACAGUGACAAAGAUCACAUCACAAUCAAAUACACUCAACCAAUUAGCAAUGGUGGAUCACCAAUUCAAGGUUACAACAUCGAACGUCGUGACAAAGCAACUGGUCGUUGGAUUCAACUUAACAAGAGUCCUGUCGCUGGAUUGCAAUACACUGACGAUCGCGUUACUGAUGGUCAUACAUAUGAAUAUCGUGUCAGCGCAGUUAAUGCUGCAGGACCUGGCAAACCAUCAGACAGCAGCAAUUGGUUGACUGCUAAGCCAAUGCGUGAGGCACCUAAAUUGCAUUUGGAUCACAUCAUUGGCAAGAAGAUCAAGGUCAGAGCUGGUGAACCAAUCAAUAUCAAUAUUCCAUUGUCGGGAGCUCCAAUUCCUGAAAUUAAAUGGUUCAAAGAUGACAUUAAGAUCCCAGAAAGCAACAGAAUGUCAAUUGACUCGAAUGCUGAACGUACCAUUUUGCAUGUUGAUAAAUCAAACCGCAAGGAUGCUGGUAAAUUCACAAUCACAGCUGAGAAUGAAUUUGGAAAGGAUUCUGCUGAUAUUGAAGUUAUUGUUGUUGACCGUCCUGGACCUCCAUGCGGACCAUUCUUGUAUCCUGAUGUUACUCAGGACUACAUCACACUUGAAUGGAAUCCUAGCUUGGAUGAUGGCGGCAGCCCAAUCACUGGAUACGUUGUUGAAAUGCAAGAAUUCGGAUCAGAAGUAUGGCAUCCACAACCUGGAUAUUGUCCAAAGACAACAUAUACAUGCAAGAAUGUCUCUGAAGGUCACAAAUACACGUUCAGAGUCAAGGCUGAGAACUUGUAUGGUGUUUCAGAUCCUUUGGAUGGAAAACCAGUGAUUGCUAAGAGUCCAUUCGAUCCUCCAGGUCCACCUGGACAACCAAACAUUGUUUCAUACACACCUACUCAAUGUACUCUUGAAUGGAAACAACCACAAUAUUCCGGUGGUAAACCGAUUACCGGAUAUUUGGUUGAAAAACGUGAACGUGGCGGAGAAUGGCUUAAAGUACACAACUAUCCAACGCCCAACACACAAUAUACCGUACAAGACUUGCAUGAAGGCAACAAAUACGAAUUCCGUGUUCGUGCUGUUAAUGAUGCCGGUACUGGUGAGCCAAGCAAGCCAUCUGAAACAAUCACAGCUGGAAUUCAACGUACUCGCCCAGAUCCUCCAGAACCACCAAAGGCUGAUCGUAUCACGAAGGACAGUGUCACUCUUUCAUGGCGACCUCCACGUAACGAUGGCAAAUCCAAGAUCAUUGGAUACCACGUUCAGUAUAAACAAAAGGAUGCAACCGCAUGGAAGAAUGCCAACGAUCAAGAUGCCGAUCCAAUUCCAGAUAAUCGCUACACUGUACCUAACUUGAAGGAAGGUGAUGAAUAUCAAUUCCGUGUUAUUGCUGUUAAUGAUGUCGGCCCAUCGGAUCCAUCGCGUCCAUCAGCUAACAUCAUCAUCGAAGAGCAACCAAACAAACCAGUCAUGGAUUUGGGAGCUGUUCGCGAUAUCACUGUCAGAGCUGGUGAAGAUUUCAGUAUCUUUGUGCCAUACGUUGGUUUCCCACAACCCACGGCAACAUGGUUUGCUAAUGAUACUGUUGUCGAUGAAACCGACAAGAGAACUCAUAUUCAAAUCACGCCAGAUUCUGCCAGUAUUGUCGUCAAAUGCAGUGAACGUUCAGAUGCCGGAACAUACCGCUUGCAAUUGCGCAACAAUUCUGGUUUCGAUACUGCAACAAUUAACGUUAAAGUAUUGGAUAGACCAUUGCCUCCAGAGAACUUGCGUGCUGAUGAAUUUGCUGGAGAUGCAUUGACGCUCUUCUGGAAUCCACCUAAAGAUGAUGGCGGUGCUCAAGUUACCAACUAUAUUAUUGAGAAACGUGAAGCACGUUCACAAGCAUGGGCAAAGGUUAGCAGUUACACAACUACUACCUUCGUUCGUGUCCGUAACUUGGUUGUUGGAAGAGAUUACGAAUUCCGUGUUAUGGCAGAGAACAAAUAUGGAGUAUCAGAUCCAGCAGAAACCGAUAAGCCAAUCAAGGCAAGACAUCCAUUCAAUCCUCCAGGACCACCUGGAACGCCACGCAUGUUCGAGACAAGCGAGGACUCCAUUACUAUUCAAUGGACUAAACCUCGCAGUGAUGGCGGAAGUCCAAUUACUCAUUACAACAUUGAGAAGAAGUUGUCUUCUGACAACACUUGGACCAAGGCUACUCAUGCUGCUGUCACUGAUUUGAUCUACAAGGUACCAGGAUUGAUUGAAAACAAGGAAUACUCAUUCCGCGUUCAAGCUGUCAAUGCUGCUGGUGCUGGACCAUGGAGUACCGAGUCUGAUUUGAUCAUGGCUCGUGCUCGUGCUGAACGUCCUAAGAUCACAUCAGACUUAUCUAUCCGCGACUUGAUUGUGAAAGCAGGAGAAGAAUUCAAGAUCUCUGUGCCGUACACUGCCAAUCCACGCCCAACUGUUGCAUGGACCAUCAACAGUGCCGAUGUCUUGCAAGAUGAUCGCAUCAAAUUCAAGACAAGCGACACCGAAACUGUCUUCAUCAACGAGAAAUCAAAACGUGCCGAUUCUGGUAUGUACACCGUUGUGUUGUUCAACUCUGAAGGCACUGAUAAGGGUACGUGUCGCGUACAAGUUGUUGAUCGUCCAUUACCACCCAAUGGACCAAUCGAAGUGUCUGACAUCACGCCAGAUUCUUGCACUGUCUCUUGGAAACCACCAAGUGACGAUGGCGGUUCACCAAUCACGAACUACAUUGUUGAACGUUAUGAACCAAUGGGAUACUGGACUAAGUGCAGCAGUUUCGUCCGAUCAUGUCACUAUGACAGCAUUGGAUUGGAACACAAGAAGAAAUACACCUUCCGUAUUCGUGCUGAGAAUCAAUAUGGUGUUAGUGAUCCAUUAAUGAUGGAUGACGGUUUUGUUGCCUCAUAUCCAUUCACGGUUCCCGAUCCACCAGGUCCACCACGUGUUAUCGAUUGGGAUAGCGUUUGCGCUACCAUCACCUGGGAUCGUCCAUUGCACGAUGGCGGCUCUCGCAUUCAAGGCUACAAAGUUGAGUUCAGGGAUUGCGCUGAUGAUCCAUCAUGGCGCAUCAAUGACUUCCUUGUCAAGGAUAACACAUACCAAGUGUACAACUUGUUGCCAGGACACGAGUACGAAUUCCGUGUUCGUGCCCAAAAUGCUGCUGGUUUGAGCAAACCAUCAUCGAACUCAAGCAAAUUCAAGAUGAAGAGCAAAUUCACUGUUCCAUCUCGUCCAGGAGCUCCUGCUGUCAUCAAGGUUGGCAAGAACUACGUCGAUCUUAAAUGGACUCCACCAGAGACUGAUGGCGGAUCUAAAAUCACCGGAUACAUCAUCGAACGUCGUGAUAUGGGAGGUGCUCUCUGGGUCAAAUGCAACGACUACAAUGUCCUUGAUACCGAAUACACUGUCACAAAUUUGGUUGAAAUGGGUGACUACGAGUUCCGUAUUAUCGCUCAAAAUGCCGCUGGCAAGUCAGAACCAAGUGAUUGCACUCCACUCACCAAGGUUUGUGAAGUUUUGGGAGGCGUCAAGCCCGAAUGGGUGCGUCGUUUGCAGAACUCUCUUGUACCCAUCAAUCGUUUCAUUACAUUGGAAUGCGAGGCACAUGGUACACCAGAACCUGUUGGAAGAUGGUUGCGUAAUGGCAAAGAAAUCCAUACUGGAGGACGGUUCAAAGCCGAAUCCAUCAAUGGUGUGUUCAAACUUACCAUCAACGAUGCCAGAUACUCCGAUGAGGGAGAUUACACUUGUGAAGCUAUCAAUUCUCUUGGUUUCGUUCACACUUCUGGCUAUUUGAAGGUCGGUGUUCCACCUAAGAUCAUCAAUAUGCCUGAAGAAGUCUUCUUGGUUGAGAAAGAAAGCGGCAAGAUUAAGAUUUACUAUUCUGGUGAUCAUCCAAUGACAGUUAAAUUGACAAAGGAUGGUUUGGCAUUGAAAGAAAACGAUCACAUUCGUUACACAAUCUUCGAUGAAUACAUUACCAUCAAUAUUCGUGAUGUCGUGAAGGAUGAUGGCGGAGCAUAUGUUGUUUCCUUGCAAAACGACAGUGGAGCCGUUUCUGGAAAGAUUACCGCAUUUAUUACGGGACUUCCUGGAGCCCCAACGGGACCAAUUAUUGUUUCUGGAGUCGACAAGCACAUUUGCACUGUGUCUUGGAAACCUCCAACGUACGAUGGUGGUUCACGUGUCACGCAUUACGUCGUUGAUCGUCGUGACACCGACUCACCAUUCUUCGUUACGAUCCACUCGUUCGUCAAGGAAUGCUCAUGCAUCUGCCAAGGUUUGCAAGAAGGUCAAAGUUACGUGUUCCGUAUCAUGGCUGUUAACGAAAAUGGCAUGGGACCUCCAUUGGAUAUGGUUGAUGACGUCAAAGCCAAGGCUAAAUUCGAUCCUCCAGGCCCACCUGGCAUUCCAUCUGUUUUGGAAGUCGGAGGCGACUUUGCUCACUUGGAAUGGGCCAAACCCGAAGUUGAUGGCGGCACCAAGAUUCAAGGUUACUGGAUCGACAAACGCGAAGAAGGCAUGGAGGCAUGGCAACGUGUCAAUGUCGCCAUUUGCGUUGCAAAUCAAAUCAACUGCUCCAACCUCAUCGAAGGUCGUCAAUACUCGUUCCGCGUGUUUGCACAAAACAUGGCAGGAAUCGGUCCCGCUUCCGAAGCCUCGGGCAGCGUGAAGAUUGUCGAUCCAAAUGUACCGACACCACCAGAAAUUAUCAAGGAAUUGAACAGCGUGAGUGUUGUGCAAGGCAAGAACGCUGAAUUCCAAUGCAAGAUCACGGGAACACCCAAACCAAAGAUUACGUGGUACAAGGGCGCUCGUGAACUCGCAAACGGAUCUCGCCAUCAAAUCUAUUCGGACGGCGAUACGCAUCAUUUGCUCGUCAUGGAUGUCUUUGGAGAAGAUGCCGAUGAAUACGUUUGUCGUGCCGUCAACACGGGAGGCGUCAAAUCCACGAAAGCCUCGUUGUCGAUCAAGACACCACCAAAACUCAACGUGCCACCACGUUUCCGCGAUACAGCGUUCUUCGACAAGGGCGAAAAUGUCGUCAUCAAGAUCCCCUUCACUGGUUAUCCAAAACCACGCAUGCACUGGCAAAAGGAAGGACAUGAAAUCGACAGUGGUGGUCAUUACAAGGUUGAGACGCAAGAACGUCAUGCCAUUCUCACCAUUUUGGAUGGAUCUCAACUCGAUAGCGGCUCCUACCGUCUCACAGCUGAAAACGAAUUGGGAACAGAUACCGCUGUCAUUUCCAUCCAAAUCAGCGAUCGUCCAGAUCCCCCACAAUUCCCCUUGGUCGAGAACAUCGGAACAGACUCCUUGUCACUCAGCUGGAAAGCUCCAAGCUGGGACGGUGGUUCGGCAAUCACGAACUACUUGGUCGAGAAACGCGAACAUCCAAAUCAAACUUGGAUUCGUGUCGGUACAACUCGUUUCACGCUCAUGCCAAUUCACAACUUGGUGCCUGGACAUCAGUUCGAGUUCCGUGUUUAUGCUGAGAACGUGUAUGGUCGCUCUGAUCCAUCACAAACUAGCACUUUGGUAACGAUGCGUGACGCACCCAAGAAGGAAUUCAAGAAGAAGACGUACGAAGUCGACGAAAAUGGCAAAAAGAUUCGCGGAAAGGCUGAUGGACCUAUUAAAGAUUACGAUCAAUAUGUCUUUGAUAUCUACUCGAAAUUCGUGCCACAACCCGUGGAAGUGUCGACUGACAGUGUCUACGACAAAUACGAUAUUCUCGAGGAAAUUGGCACCGGAGCUUUCGGUGUGGUACAUCGUUGUCGCGAACGCGCUACUGGCCUCAUCUUCGCUGCCAAAUUUAUUCCAUGCUCUACUGCCACUGAGAAGGACUUGAUUAAACGCGAAAUUGAUGUCAUGAACCAAUUGCAUCACCGUAAACUCAUCAACUUGCAUGAUGCCUACGAAGAUGACGAUGAAAUGGUCUUGAUUUUGGAAUUCUUGUCGGGCGGCGAACUCUUCGAACGUAUCACGGACGAGAAAUACGUCAUGUCCGAAGCGGAAGUCAUCAAUUACAUGCGUCAAAUUUGCGAGGGCGUCAAACACAUGCACGAACGCAACAUCAUCCACUUGGACUUGAAACCCGAGAAUGUGAUGUGCGAACGCAAGACUUCGACAAAUGUCAAAUUGAUCGAUUUCGGACUCGCUACCAAACUCGACCCCAACGAUGUUGUUAAAGUAACAACCGGUACCGCUGAAUUUGCUGCUCCCGAAAUUGUCGAACGUGAACCAGUUGGUUUCUACACAGACAUGUGGGCACUCGGUGUCUUGUCGUACGUCUUGUUGAGCGGCUUAUCGCCAUUCGCUGGAGACAACGAUGUCGAUACCCUCAAAAAUGUCAAGGCAUGCGACUGGACCUUCGACGAGGAAGCAUUCCGUGACAUCUCCGAAGACGGCAAAGACUUUAUUCGUCGUUUGUUGAUCAAGAACAAGGAGAAACGCAUGACGGCACACGAAUGUUUGUUGCAUCCAUGGCUCACGGGCGACCACAGUUCACUCACGAACGAGAUUGCACGUGCGCGCUUCAUCAAGAUGCGCGACGAGAUCCGCAAGAAGUACGAAAACUGGGGCAAGAGCAUUUUGCCGUUGGGUCACCUUUCGGAAUAUUCGUCGUUACGCAAGUUGUUGAUUGCCAAAUACAAGAUCCAAGACACGACCUUCGAUCGUCGUCAAGCUGCGCCACGCUUCGUCAUCAAACCACAAUCUACCAUGUGCUACGAAGGACAAAGCGUCAAAUUCUACUGCCGCGUCAUUGGUGUCGCUACACCGACACUUUCGUGGUAUCACAACAACGUCGAGUUGAAACAGAGUGUCAAGUUCAUGAAACGCUAUGCUGGCGACGAUUACUACUUCAUCAUCAAUCGCACAAAACUCGAUGACAGAGGCGAAUACAUUAUUCGUGCCGAAAACCAUUAUGGCAGUCGCGAAGAAGUCAUCUUCCUCAAUAUCCAUCAAAUGCCAAAGGCAACGCCCGUUUACAAGCCCGACGUGCAACCGGUACGUCGUCGCGAACCUCUCCGUCAACCAUUGUGGCAAGAAGAAACAGAAUGCGCACCCAGCUUUACAUUCCUUUUACGUCCACGUGUUAUGCAAGCACGUGAUACCUGCAAGCUAUUGUGUUGUGUCAGCGGUAAGCCAAUGCCAACGAUUGAGUGGUUCAAGAAUAGCCGUAAAUUGUCGAAGCACGAGUACUCGAUGAUGCACUCGGAUGGCGUUGUAGCGAUGGAAAUUUUGGAUUGCAGACCCGAAGACUCUGGCAAAUACAGAUGCGUUGCCAAGAAUCAACACGGUACCGAUGAAACAUCUUGCGUUGUGAUCGUUGAAGGUGAAGGGCAAUCAAAGGAACAGGAAGAACUUGCCCAUAAAUAUAUGUAUUCAGGAGAUCGCAAAUAUAUUGAGAACCCAUUGAAACAAGCACCUGCCCAAGUCGUUAUUCGUCAAGAAGUGAAGCCAACACCAUCAGUGACAAGCACUCUUAACGAAGCCAGCUCCAACUUGUCAGCGUCUGGCAAGAAGAAGUACGGAAAAUCAGAUGUCACAAGCAGUCCAUCACGAUCACGAAGUGCCACAAAGGAAUUGAUCUUACCACCUGAUGACUCACUGAUGUGCAAACCCGAAUUCAAGAAGACUUUGACGAACCUCACAAUCAAGGAUGGCGAAGAACUUUUGUUGCAAUGCAUUGUUGAAGGCGAUCCAGAACCACAAAUCAGCUGGUCCAAGAACGGAAGCAAGAUUUCCAGCUCAGAAAUUAUCGAUUUGAAAUACAAGAAUGGCGUUGCAUCGUUGCGCAUCGCUGAAGUCUAUCCAGAAGACGAAGGAGAAUACGUUUGCACAGCCACAAAUUCCGUUGGAUCAACAGAAACAAAGUCCAAGUUGACAAUUCAACCAAUGGAAAAUGGUACCUCAAAACACAAAGUGCUCAAGGGUGAUCAACCCCCACGAAUUGUCGGCCAUUUGGAGUCACGUUUCGUGAAUGACGGCGAAGAGGUGUGCCUCUCCUGCCGCAUUAUUGGCGCCAAGCAAUUCGACGUUGUCUGGCUACACAACAACAAAGAAAUCAAACCGUCCAAAGACUUCCAAUACUCGAACGAGGCGAACAUCUACAAGUUGCAAAUCGCCGAAAUCUUCCCCGAAGACGCUGGCACCUACACAUGCGAGGCAUUUAACGAUGCCGGCGAAACAUUUACGUCGUGCACCAUUAACGUCCUUGUGCCGGGCGAGGAAACCAAACAACCCACUUUCGUGAAAUUCCCACAAGGUGUGACGGCGCAAGAAAACGAGUCGGCACGCUUCGAAUGCGAAUUCCACGAAGCACCCACGAAGGUAGUGUGGCUCAAGGAUGCCCGACCCAUCGACGAGGCCAGUUCACGGUACCAAUUCAUCAAGGACGGCAACAAAUACAAGUUGGAAGUUAAGGCAUGCACUGCAUUAGACAUUGGCCAGUACCAGGUGAAAGCGGUAGGCCGCAAGGAUGAAACAUUUGCUUCAUUUUCCGUUAAUGUAGUCAAUUAACGCAAUUAAUCAAACAAAAACAAAUCAAUUAUUUUAUACUUUAUUUAUAAAUAUUUACUUUCACAACUUUUCAACUUUUAUUUUUUGAACAAAAAACCAAAAAAAUCACAAAAAAAUUAUUAUUAUUUUAAGUCACCAAUUUUUUUAUAAUUUUAUUUAGUUGUUCGACACUUUUAAAAACUCUCGCAACAGAACAUCGUUGCCAAUAUACAAUCAAAUACGUGAGAAAAUGCCAAACAACGACUUUUCCAUGUAAAAUUGCAGCAUCCUCAAAAAUGACUUAACAUCUCAGUCUGUCCCCAAAAAAUACAAUUUUACAUGCAAAAGGCGCUCGUUUGGCACCAUUUCUCUCAAUUUUUGUUCCCCGACCUGCAUCGUAGAAUUUUGCACACAGCAAAGAAAUUAUUUUCGAACAUCUUUUUAGCUUUAAUUUUAAAUUAAUUUUAAUGUUAAUGUUAAUCUAGUAUAAUUUCGUCAUUUUUUGGAGCGUAUAUUGUUAUAUUGAAUGUACACAUAUCAAAAAAAAAUCUACUAAAAAGCACGCUUCUCGUUAUUUUUCCAACACUUUUGGCGGUAAAGAUCUUUUGUGCGACACAUUUGAACCAUCUCGUAUCCUCAUUAAUCGAAUUUCAACGAAGAACUUAAGCGCGAUCGUCGCACAAAGACAAGCCCCGUUGAAAAUGAUGGAAAAGUAACGAAAGUUAAAGUGCAGAUAGCCAAUUAA